AUGUCGAUUGCCCCCGUCUCGCAGUUCUUCAUCCUGUCGCCGCGUGGAGACACCAUCAUUUCCAAGGACUACCGCGGCGAUGCAGUUGCGGGCACGACGGACACCUUCUUCCGAAAGGUAAAGUUCUGGGAAAGCGGAGACCCGCCGCCGUGCUUCACCAUCGACGGCGUCAACUACAUCUACGUCCGCAAGAACGGCCUCCUGUUUGCGGUGUCGACCCAGUGGAACGUGUCUCCAAGCAUGUUCCUCGAGCUCCUCAACCGCCUGGCCAAGGUUUUCAAGGAUUACUGUGGCGUCCUGUCGGAGGAAGCUAUCCGAAAAAACUUCAUCCUGGUGUACGAGCUGCUGGACGAAACCUUGGACUACGGGUACCCACAGGGCACCAGCACCGAGACGCUUCGGAAUCACGUCCGGAAUGAGCCGAUCUUGGUAGAUUCCGUCAAGUCCAUGCGGCUCCCUUCAGCCCUCAAGACGAAGACAGCGCCGUCAUCGUCUAUACAGAAGCCCGUGUCGGGGAGUGGGCAAAAGAACGGGUCUCAAAGGAACGAGAUAUUCGUCGACAUCCUCGAGAGAUUAAGCGUCCUGUUCAGCCAAAGCGGCCAGGUGGUCAACAGCUCCAUCGACGGGUGUAUACAGAUGAAGAGCUACCUCAGCGGAAACCCGGAGCUCCGAUUGGCCUUGAACGAGGACCUUGUGGUGGGGAAAGCGAACGCGGGAUCGAGCUUCGGGUCGGUGGUGUUGGACGACUGCAACUUCCACGAAUGCGCCAAGCUUGACGAGUUCGAGUCGAUGCGGCAGCUGAGCUUCACCCCUCCGGACGGAGAGUUCGUGCUGCUCAACUACCGCAUGAACGCCGAGUUCCGGUGCCCGUUCCGCCUGUUCCCGAGCAUCGGCGACAUAGACCCUUACAGGAUGGAGGUGGUUGUGAUCGUGCGGGCCGACAUGCCGGAGACCGCGGCGGGGACUAACGUGGUCGUGCGCUUGCCCAUGCCAAGGAACGCCGUCAGCGUCAGCUCGGAGGUGGAGUCGCGGGUCCCCGGGCAGACGGCGGAGUACAGCGCUAACGAGCACCGGGUGGUGUGGACGAUCAAGAAAUUCCAAGGGUCAUCGGAGCUGACCCUGAGAGCCAAGGUCACGCUCCCGAACGUGGUCAACGCCGCCAACCGAAAAGAGGUCGGGCCGGUGUCGAUGCAGUUCGAGAUCCCCAUGUACAACGUGAGCAACCUCCAAGUACGCUACCUCAAGAUUGCCGAGUUCGCCAAGUCGUACAACCCUUUCCGAUGGGUCCGAUACGUCACGCAGUCUUCGUCGUACGUUUGCCGAGUGUAGAAGAAUGGUUCUCGAGACCUCGCCAGCGCGAUGGCUCCGACUCUCUCUCGCGGAAAAAGAGGGCGAGGAAGGGCGACUACGAGGACGACGAGCGGAUGCUGGCUGGAGUUGUUGGCCCAACAAGACGACAAGGCGGAGGAUGAUGGGAAAGACUCACGGAGGAUUACUAGUCGUUGAUUUCAGCGACUAAAAUUACUUAUGGGCGCACGUCGGAGUCUUCCCGAGAAGGCCUGAGGCGGGUUAUUAAGCGUGUUUGGUGAUGCUUAUUACGUUCACACGGAUUCGGUCAACUCCGCGACAUGUGUGGCUCUCAAGAUUGAUAGAUCCGUGCUGAGCUAGACUGUAGCAUUCUAGCUCCGGACGAACAUGAUCCUCCGGGUGUUACGCAUACGUCUGUGCGCUGGAGCCGGUGGGAUCGGCGCGGGGCGGUGCUGCACUGUUCGCUCGGCCAUCUUUCUUUGGGCACAGUUUUGUCGUCUGUUUUUGUUUUUCCACAAGGCCGUCUUCUUUGACGAGGGGGAACCUCCUUAAGGGUGUUCGCCCUGCCAGCACAAGAUGCGCGGAAAUCCUUUGAAUGAGGCCUGUGAGCGAUUCUCUGAACUCUGCCGACUGAUCGUGAUCACAUCGAAAAAUCUCCAUCCCUUCCCG